UUUGAGUGAAUUUUGGGUGUGUUGGUUGUAUGCGUUUUGGCAUUUUGUACAUCUUGUGGGUUAUGGACGUUUUGAAUAAUUUCUGGUUUAUGGGCGUUUUGUCUGAUAUAUAGGUUUUGACGUUUUGUCUUAUUUUUGGGUUGUGGGCGUUUUGUCUUAUUUUUGGUUUGUGGGCGUUUUGUCUAUGUUUGGUUGUGGGCGUUUUGUCCGAUUUUUGGUUUGUGGGCGUUUUGUCUAUGUUUGGUUGUGGGCGUUUUGUCCGAUUUUUGGUUUGUGGGCGUUUUGUCUAUGUUUGGUUGUGGGCGUUUUGUCCGAUUUUUGGUUUGUGGGCGUUUUGUCUAUGUUUGGUUGUGGGCGUUUUGUCCGAUUUUUGGUUUGUGGGCGUUUUGUAAGAAUUUUCGGUUGUUAAAUUCUGAACUAUUUCUGCGUUGUGGACAUCUUGAGGGGUCAGAAAAAUCGACACCCUUGGGAUCGUACCUAGAUCGUACCUUAUAACGAGGUAUACGAUCUCAAGUCUGUCUCUCCCAUCCAACAGCCACGAAGUUAAAGAAGUCUCAUAAGUAUAAGGGAUACAUCCUAUAUUGGGUGUAUCCCUUAUAAUGAGGGGUUGCUUUCUCAAUCUUCCCAACAAUUAAAAUAAACUAAAAAUACAAACAAGGAAAAAGAUCAAAAAUAAAAAUUCCCUUCUUUCUUCUUCAAUUGCUCUUUUCGCCACAGGAAUUCGACACAAUUGACACAUAUUUUGUCUUUUACUUCUCACACGUUUGUUCAUCACUUCCUUUUUUUGCUCCAAAAAUUCUACGAAAAAUAUGCCUUCUUUUUGGGUUUCUUUGAAGAGAGAAAUCCUCCCUUCCCCCGACAAUCUCGCGCAGACACACACAGAGAGAAAAUGAUUUUUUGGUGUGCGCAAAAUUUUUUGGCGUUUUAUUUUUUCUUGGCAUUUUGGACAUUU